AUGGACUGUACCAUUGACAUCAAGAAAAGGAUACCUGAUAAAAGAGUUGUAAACACUAAACAGGUUGAAGAAGAACAAAUCGAAGAUAUGGAUAUUGAUCCAAUAUCAAAAAGUGCCAUUGUAUUUGGUUGUGGAUGGGCACUAUCUGAAAAUUUAAAAGUGAAUCAAAAAGUACCAACUAAACGAAUCACAGAACAUGUCAAGGGAUUGCUUACUAUAAUGUUUCACUCUGGUACUGCUAAUCCUAGGCUCAAAAUGAAUGCUAAUGAAAUGCACGAGGAGCUUUUGAAAAGAGUGACUGAUAACGAAAUUUCCAAAGAUGACGUACCAAAAGUUUCCACAAUUGCGAAUUGGAUAACAAGCACGUCACGAUCAUUCAAGAAAACCAUGGCACUAAGGCUUCUUGAGGAAGCGGAGUCAUCUGAGCAAUAA